UUGCUCAAAGAUUAUGCUUCUAUGUCCUUCAGGCUUAGGGUAUCCAAACAACUUUUUGUGCUUUUGGUUAUCUAUAUAUAAGGGUGCUCCACCUCUGCUAAAAGGGUGCAUUUCGUGAAAAAAAAAAAAAUGGGGUUAGGAGCACUAUUUGUUGGGUUCUUCUUCCUUUCUUGUGUGGUGCCAAAAACCUCACCGACUUGUACAUUUCCUGCAAUCUACAACUUUGGGGACUCCAAUUCAGACACUGGAGGCAUAUCAGCUUCAUUUGUGCCAAUUCCUGCACCUUAUGGCGAGGGUUUUUUUCAUAAACCUUCAGGAAGGGACUGUGAUGGCCGUCUCAUUGUAGAUUUCAUAGCUGAGAAGCUAAAUUUGCCUUACUUAAGUGCCUAUCUGAAUUCCCUUGGAACCAAUUACCGGCAUGGGGCAAAUUUUGCCACUGGGGGAUCCACCAUUAGGAAGCAGAAUGAAACCAUAUUUCAAUAUGGGAUAAGUCCUUUCUCGCUUGACAUCCAGAUUGUGCAAUUUAACCAGUUCAAAGCUCGCACCAAACAACUCUACGAAGAAGCCAAAACCCCACUUGAGAGGAGCAAGCUUCCAGUGCCUGAGGAGUUCUCUAAGGCUCUCUACACUUUCGACAUUGGUCAAAAUGAUCUCUCAGUUGGAUUCAGAAAGAUGAAUUUUGACCAAAUACGUGAAUCCAUGCCAGAUAUUGUUAACCAAUUAGCCAAUGCAGUCAAAAAUAUUUACGAUCAAGGAGGUAGGUCAUUCUGGAUACACAACACAAGCCCCUUUGGGUGCAUGCCGGUACAACUAUUUUACAAACACAAUAUACCAGAUGGCUAUCUUGAUGAGUAUGGAUGUGUGAAGGAUCAAAAUGAGAUGGCUACUGAAUUCAACAAGCACCUCAAAGACCGAAUCAUCAAACUCAGAACAGAGCUUCCAGAGGCUGCAAUUACUUAUGUAGAUGUCUAUGCUGCAAAGUAUGCACUCAUCAGUAACACCAAAACUGAAGGAUUUGUGGAUCCUAUGAAGAUCUGUUGUGGCUAUCAUGUGAAUGAUACACAUAUUUGGUGUGGGAAUUUGGGAAGUGCAAAUGGGAAAGAUGUGUUUGGUUCUGCUUGUGAAAACCCUUCACAGUAUAUAAGUUGGGACAGUGUUCAUUAUGCUGAGGCUGCUAACCACUGGGUUGCUAACCGUAUACUCAAUGGCUCUUUCACGGACCCACCAACACCUAUCAUCCAAGCAUGUUACAAGAAAACAAAGCUAUAACAGAAGUUGCAAUACUGAAUCAGACUUUAUUCCUGUACUAGAUAAUUGAGAACCACAUACUUGGUGUUCCUUUAAUGUUCCAAUACAGAACAUUCAGGACAUAGGCAAAUUCAUUGGCCUAUUAGUGUUUUUUCAAACAUUGUUUGCAACCGUCAAUUUGGAAUUUGACAAUGCACUUUUGGCAUUAAUUCUCUGAAAGCAUUUCAUUUCUCAAUAUGUGCAUCUUCUGGAAAUUUAUGUUAUGCAUUAAUCAAAUAAAUUCAUCACUUAUUACCUGACUA